GCCAAAUAUAACAUCUCAAAAAUAACAUUGCGCAAUUUCAUCUGAAUUUCAGAUUAAUUAUUUGUCUCUGUCUCAACCUUCCAUAUUAAUUGAAGCGGUCAUAUAUCUGUGAAUUAGAGAAUCAACAGCGUUUUGGAAGUCGAUGCCAUAAAAGUUGUUACUUUAUUUGACCUUUUCUGGGAGACACUUCAAAUUUUUCUAAUGGUGAAACGUGUUGUCGUUCUUGGUUGUGGCGCCUGGGGUACUGCCACCGUUAAACUUGUUGCUGACAACGUUAAGUCUUCAAAAGAAUUUCAUGAAGAAGUUUAUUGGUACGUAAGAGAUGAAGAUUGCAACGGUCGUAGCCUAACCACUUGGAUUAAUCAAGAACAUAUAAAUCCCAAGUACUUGCCAACACUUGAUAUUCCUUCGAAUGUUUCCGCCUCCUCUAAUAUUCAGAAAGUGGUCGAAGAAGCUGACAUUAUAUUAGUGUCUUAUCCAUCAUGCCACAUUCUAUGGUUGGUAGAAAAUGUGAAGAAAUUUAUCAAAGACGGUGCAUAUUUUGUCUCUUUUUGUAAGGGUCUCAUUCUGUGUCCCGAGGAAAACAGAAUUAAACUGGUAAGCGAUGUUAUUCGAGAGCAAACUGGUAAAAGCUGCGUGGUCGUUAUCGGGGCUACAACAGCUGUCGAAGUGGCCAAACAACAUUUCACCGAGGCAACUAUCGGCUCCAAGAAUCUCACAUAUGCACAUGAAGUAAAAAGGCUUCUACAGUCCGAUUACCUCAAGCUUGUUAUAACUCAAGAUGAUGUUGGCGUGGAAUUGUGUGGAGCGUUGAAGAACGUCGUGGCGAUAGCUGCGGGAAUAUGUCACGGUUUAGAUUUAGGAGACAAUACUAAGGCUGCCGUAUUGCGUAUUGGAUUUUGGGAAGUAUCUGAACUAAUGAAAGAGUUGUUCCCUGACAGAGGUAUGUUCGCAUUUACUUCUAUUUUUCACACCUCAUUUUAUUAAUUGAUUUUGUCAC